AUGGCGCGCACUGCUUGCGCCGCUCCCCCGCGUGCCGCCGGGGGGGCUUCCGCUUUCCGCGCUCCCCCGGUAACGCGCGAGUCGCUGCAUUUCCGCGUCGCACCGUCGCAGAGCGCGUGGCUGCGGCAGUCGCAGCAACAGAGCCGUGCGAUAAGCUCUUCCGCUCGUGCGACAGGCCCUGUCGCAUCCCAGUCGUCCGCAGCAGCCGCAGCCGCAGCUGCUGCGCGGAUGGGGGGAGGGUCGGGGGGAGGAUCAGGGGUGGCGGGGGUGGCGGGGGCUGUGGCGGGGCAAGCAGCGGGAAUAGUGGAAACGGCGAGCGGAGCGGUUAUAGCGGACGCGCCUCCCUUGAUCCAUCCGAACGCUGUUGUGCAUCCCGACGCUGUGAUUAGGGAGGGUGUGGAGAUUGGUCCGUUCUGCACUGUUGGUCCCCAUGUGACUAUAGGGAGGGGCUGCAAGCUGCUGCCUGGGUGCCACGUGGCAGGGAACACAACAAUUGGCGAGUUUUGCACGCUGAUGAGUGGGGCAGUGGUGGGUGCGGACCUACCAGGCACGACGGUGAUAGGCAGUCACAACAGCAUCGGAUACCAUGCCACUGUGGGCGUCAAGUGCCAGGACCUCAAAUACCAGGAGGGCAGUGAGUGCUUCCUGGUGCUGGGCUCACACAACGACAUUCGAGAGCACGCGCAGAUCCACCGCUCCUCCAAGCCCGACGAUGCCACCCUGAUCGGGGACCGCAAUCUGAUCAUGGGAUCAUGCCACGUGGCGCAUGAUUGCAAGAUGGGCAACCGCAACAUUCUCGCCAACGGCACGCUUUUGGGGGGGCAUGUCGUGCUUCAUGAUUUCGUGCACACAGGGGGCGCGGUGGCAGUGCAUCAGUUCUGUCACAUCGGUUCCUACUCCUUCCUCGCUGGGGGCUCCAUGGUGGUGCGCGACGUGCCCACAUACACCAUGGUGGCGGGAGACAGGGCGGAGCUCCGGGGGCUGAACCUCGAAGGGCUCAGGCGCUGCGGCUUCUCCACGGACCAGGUGCGCAAUGUGCGGCGGGCCUACCAGCUGCUCUUCCUCUCAUCCGCCGAUGCCUCCACGGGCCUCGAAGACCGCCUCAACCAGCUGGAGGUGAGUGAACCAUUGGCUGACCCGGACAUGGCUGCACUGUUCACGCCCGUCCCUCCCUCUGUGCCUGGUCCUAAUAUGUCUCUUCUUAAGACACCUUUUUUCCUCCUCUCCUCCUUCCCCCUUCACCAGGAGGAGAGCGACCUAAUGGCUGACCCCAACGUGGCUGCCCUGCUCACAUCUGUGCGCGCCUCCUUUGGCGAGGGCCGGCGGGGCAUCUGCAAGUUCCGGCACUGGUCCAGCGUGGAGUGA